UGCGCAGGCGCACUUCCAACGCUUGAGAGGAGGGCGGGGUGUCGUUCCCUUUCGCUGAUGCAAGAGCCUAGCGCGGUGCUGGGAGAGGUUUCGGUAGGAGCUGCGCCGACUCCGGGGUCUGAAGCUGCCCGGUCUGACUUUCCAUCCGUGCCGAACCCGCUGGAACCACAGCCAUGUCCGGGGACGAGAUGAUUUUUGAUCCUACUAUGAGCAAAAAGAAAAAGAAGAAGAAGAAGCCUUUUAUGUUAGAUGAAGAAGGUGAUGCCCAGACAGAAGAAACCCAGCCUUCAGAAACAAAAGAAGUAGAGCCAGAACCAGCUGAAGACAAAGAUGUGGAAGCUGAUGAAGAGGACAGUAGGAAAAAGGAUGCUUCUGAUGACUUAGAUGACUUGAACUUCUUUAAUCAAAAGAAAAAGAAGAAAAAACCAAAAAAGAUAUUUGAUAUCGAUGAAGCUGAAGAAGGUGUAAAGGAUCUUAAGAUUGAAAGUGAUGCUCAAGAGCCAGCUGAGCCAGAGGAUGACUUGGAUAUUAUGCUUGGCAAUAAAAAGAAGAAAAAGAAGAAUGUCAAAUUCCCAGAUGAAGAUGAAAUACUAGAAAAAGACGAAGGUUUAGAAGAUGAAGACAGCAAAAAAGACGAUGGCAUUUCAUUCAGUAACCAGACUGGGCCUGCUUGGGCAGGCUCAGAAAGAGACUACACAUACGAGGAGUUGCUGAACCGAGUGUUCAACAUCAUGAGAGAAAAGAAUCCAGAUAUGGUUGCUGGAGAGAAGAGGAAAUUUGUUAUGAAACCUCCACAGGUUGUCCGAGUAGGAACCAAGAAAACUUCUUUUGUCAAUUUUACAGAUAUCUGUAAACUAUUACAUCGUCAACCCAAACAUCUCCUUGCAUUUUUAUUGGCAGAAUUGGGUACAAGUGGUUCUAUAGAUGGUAAUAACCAACUUGUAAUCAAAGGAAGAUUCCAACAGAAACAGAUAGAAAAUGUCUUGAGAAGAUAUAUCAAGGAAUACGUCACUUGUCACACAUGCCGAUCACCGGACACAAUCCUACAGAAGGACACCCGACUCUAUUUCUUACAGUGUGAAACUUGUCAUUCUCGAUGCUCUGUUGCCAGUAUCAAAACUGGCUUCCAGGCUGUCACGGGCAAGCGAGCACAGCUCCGUGCCAAAGCUAACUAAUUUGCUAAUCACCAUCGAUUUUUCCAAAAUGUGUGGUGGAGAUUUGGCCGAACAGGUUACCAUCAGAGUGGACGUACCAUUUGAUUAAAAACAAGAUAGAAAAGCCGCCAAGUUCUUUGGCGAGUGAUUGAUCUGAAAUCCUUGCAAGAUGCCGAUACUCAAGCUGUUGACAUACUCGUUGCCUACUUUAACAACUGUCAGAGAAACGUGAUGGGGUAAGGAGGUGCUUUUUAAAAUCGUUCAUAGACUUCUGUAAAAUGCAAGAUAAAUUAAAGUUAUUAUAACAGUGA